AUGAAUCACACUUCGAUUCCAGUUAUUGAUGUGAGCCCUCUGUUUCGUGAAGGUGAACAUCGGGUAAUGGACGUUGCCCAACAAAUUGACUGGGCUUGCAGGACGUGGGGUUUCUUUCAUGUCGUGGGGCAUCCCAUUUCCCCUGAACGGAUUGGAAAGUUGAUGGAAAUGGCCAAAACGUUCUUCUCGCUUCCACUGGAAGAGAAACUUAAAAUUAACAUUCAAAAGAGCAAACAUCAUCGCGGCUACGGGUGCCUUAAUGCGGAGAAUGUUGACCCAACGAAGCCAUUUGACUGCAAGGAAACAUUUGAUAUGGGCUGCCACCUCCCUGAGGAUCACCCCGAUGUCGCAGCUGGGAAACCGUUGCGUGGACCGAACAAUCACCCCACGCAAGUGGGGGGUUGGAUGGAAUUAAUGGAAACACACUAUCGCGAUAUGCGGGACUUUGCCCUCGUUAUUCUUCGUGCCCUUGCACUCGCUAUUGGCUUAAGGAAAGACUUUUUCGACAAUAAGUUUGAUGAGCCAUUGAGUGUGUUCCGCAUGGUGCAUUACCCCGCACAAAAGGAGGGGUCGCGCCAUCCUCUUGUUUGUGGUGAGCAUACGGAUUAUGGUAUUAUUACAUUACUCUACCAAGAUUCGGUGGGCGGACUGCAGUUGCGCAAUCUGUCAGAUGAGUGGGUGGAUGUGGAACCCAUCGAAGGAAGUUUUGUUGUGAAUAUUGGGGACAUGAUGAAUAUGUGGAGUAAUGGCCGUUACCGUUCUACUGCGCAUCGCGUUCGCUUAACCACAACGGAUCGCUACUCCAUGCCAUAUUUCUGCGAGCCCGAUCCUUAUACUCUUAUUGAAUGCCUUGAUCAUUGUCAUUCGCCAAGCAAUCCUCCCAAAUAUCCACCAGUCCGUGCUGUGGAUUGGUUGCUGAAGCGUUUCGAGGAAACAUAUGCCCAUCGCAAGGCAAAUAUGUGA